AUGGCUACACCAUAUUCAGACCUAGAAGUGGCUCCCAGCUCUGGUCUCGAGCACCAUAAAAGCCAUUGUCCGGCAGGACUCGAACUUGAUAAGACCAAUUCCAGUCUGUCAAAAGCUCAUCUUCUCUGUAUUAAUGAGCCGUACAAUUCUCCAGUCAACCAAGAUCGUCGCAUUUGUGGCUUGGCCCUGAGGACAUUUUGGAUCGCGAUUGUCGGAAUAGUAGUGAUUAUUGGAGCCGCAGUGGGUGGCGGCGUUGGAGGAAGUCUGGCUUCAAAAACCAGCAGUGUCGCUGAAUCUUCUUUUCCCAAUUCAGAAACUUCAGUGCAGCGUUCAAACACGUCUGCCACCAGCAGUGGCCAGUCCAUAAACUCAACGACUCCCUCUCCAACAAGCUCAGAAGUAUCGGUGCAGCCUCCAACAACGUCUGCUGCAAGCAGCAGCCAAUCCACAAACUCAAACGCUCCGUCUCUGACAAGCACACAAGCCGCUUCGACCACGCAAAUCAUCGGUCCCUCCUACACCCUCCUCCGCGACUGCCCUUCAUCUAACAACACACUUUACGGCAUAUCUCUUGGCUCAACUACCAUGAACUUCCGCAAGAUGUGCGGCAAAACCUUUCUCAAUAUCAACGCAGCGUCUAACGAAAAUUCGGUGAACCAGAAGGCAUCAAGCCUAGACAGCUGCAUUAACUUAUGCGCCGCAUAUAAUGUGCAAAGCGCUUCUAGCAUUGCGUUAGGCCACAAUCAAAUUUGCAAUGCCGUGUGUUGGCGAAAUAGCCUUGAUAAUGAUGAUCAUCCGGGCACUUGUUUUGGCUUCACCACACAGAACUCAUCAAAUGCCUUUGUAGUUUCUGAUCAGUCGUUUUGUGAUUCUGCGGCGUGGAUUGACCAGACGAUCUGA